CCCGGCAACGGCCGCGCCUCGGCGGUUGGGCGGGGCGAGGCCGCCAUGGCGGCGGUGGGCAAGACCAUGGCCUACGGGCACAGCGAGAGCGGUGGCGGCCGCGGCGGCUUCCUGGGGGCGCGGGUGCCGGCCGAGGUGGAGGCCAUGGCCCGGGCCGUGCGGGACGUGGACAAGGAGACUUUCCGGCGGCUUCUCAAAGUCACUGUAAAUGCAUUGGAAGGAAAAGAUUGCAAAGAAUCUGUCAAGCUGAUUGCAGAAAGCACUAAUCUCUCAGAAGAGCAGCUUGCUUUCCUCAUUUCUGGCAUGUACACCCUUCUUCGAGAAGCUUUGAGACUCCCCUUAUCAACUUUCAAGCAAGAAGUUUUUAAAGAAGACCUGAAGGAGCUCAGGAUACCAGAAGAUUUCAUCGCGGACUUUUCCAGUAUAGUCUUUGGUAACAGACGUCCUGUUUCUGAAGGCACAGCACAAAGAAGUAGGCUGCCAAGUGUCCAGGACUUUAAGUGGAGAGUGGACGUGGCUAUAUCCACAAGUUCAUUGGCCCGUGCACUUCAACCAUCCAUUUUAAUGCUGUUGAAGCUUUCAGAUGGGACAGCUCAUCGCUUUGAAGUGCCUGUUGCAAAGUUUCAAGAACUGAGAUACAAUGUUGCCCUUAUACUGAAGGAAAUGAAUGAUUUGGAAAAAAGAAGCAUACUGAAGAUCCAGGACUGAACACAUCCAAAUUGUGAGCUUACAGAUUUGAAACCCUCAGCAAGGUUUGUGAAUGCCAAAGCAGAGAAACAGCACCAUUUUGCCAGUCUGAAUUGCAGUGUAGCAUUUAUGAUGUCUGCUGUAAAUAUUUUUUCAAUUGAAGUGUUAAAAGCACCAGCUCUUUUCUUAAGACUUAGGAAAAACAAGAAAUAUAUUGAUGAAAAAGUAUAAUCCUGUUUGCGAGCGUUUUUGCAUGAUUCAUCAAAACAUUUUUUAAAUAACUGUCUUAAUAGAUGUAAGAGCCAUUUCUUCCUGAUUAUGAUUCAUCACUCUAAUUAUUUUUGAAAGCCUGCUACCGGAAACCCCAUCAAUGUGUAUCGUAAGAAAGCUCUGCAAUGUCUCAAAUAAAAUAAAUAAAUAAAUAAAUAAAAAAC